GUCCAAUCACAGUUGCCGUUGUUGGGAAGUCGCUUAUUGACAAGAGGGGAAGGUGACUCCUCGGCGAACAGAGGAGGCUGACUAUCGAAUUUUCAUAAACAAUCCCAGAGGAAGACCGCUGUUUUCGGAGCGAACAGCAACAAUGUCUUCGUUUGGAAGGGCUCUGGGGGUCCUGCGAACAGGGACUCGGCUCAUGAGACAAGGUCCUCACAGAAUACUGAGCAGAAAGUAAGUGUGGUCAGACCCGCUAGCUUGUUAGCUGUGAUGAUAAACAGCUGAAGCUACGAUUUUUCUAAACAAGUGAAUAAAUACAGACAUUUAACAGCUGCAGCUACAAAUGUUCAUCAUUAUUAUUAUUGUUUUAUGUUCUUGUUUGACGCAGUGGAGGCGGUGGACCUCAUAUUGAACCUCAGUACAGAGGGUAUCCUCAGUUAACGAAGAAUCAGGUUAUUCAGUCCGAGAUUCUCAGCGGGGCCAUGUGGUUCUGGAUUCUGUGGCACUGUUGGCACGAGCCUGAUGCCGUCCUGGUAAGUCUGCGCGAAAGAGUUACAUCUAAGUAAAGUCUGGAGGUAUGGAUGAAGGGGGAUCACAGAGGGAAAACCCUGACAAAUUCAAGGAACAGAAAAAAUAACAAAUUCAACAGUCUGUACUAUAACAAUGUAGUCUAGACUAUUUCUGCCCCUCUGAGGAGCCACACACACAAACCUCAACCAAAACGCCAUUCUGUAGCCACAAAUAAUGCUCAGAACAGCACCUAACUUCAUCAACAGUAUACUGUAUAUAGGAUCCUAGCCAUAGUACAAGCCACCAAACAUCUUUUUAACUGUGCCUAAUUUCUUUAUUAAAGAGACUGAACACAACUCACCUACUCUCUUCCAGCAGCCGCUUGUUUGUAGCAAGACCUCAGGCCAGUCCAUUAUCAACUGCUGCGGGGUGACGCAGCUCAAGGAAGAACAUUUAUGAUCAUUACUUUAUCAUUUCCUUGAAGUAAUAAUCAUAUUAAUCAUUUUGCACUGCAGACGUGGUAGUUCUUCUGCCUUAGUGUCUCGGUCUGAUUGCAUUUCCGUGAAGUUACUAAAGUUGGUUCAAUUAGAGAAACAAGCAGUCGGCGACAUUCAUCACCCUCAAUUAAUUUUACAUCGGAAUAUCCCUUUAAAAUAACAUGAAGUAUCAAAGGCAGGCGGUCAAAGCUGAUUGACUUGCUCUCGCUUAAAGGUUACAAGCGGCUGCUUGAAGAGAGAAGUUGAGUUGUGUUUAGUCUCUGCCUAAGAAAUUGUAGAUUGCUGUAAAGUGGCUUUUUGGUUGAGGUUUGUCUAUGGCUCCUCAGACUGCUGUGUAUUGCUAACCUGCAGUCGUUAAUUAAGUUGGUAUAACUAGAGAAGCAAGCGGUCUGCAACAUUCAUCUCUUGAGGGGGUGUCUAACUCAGUGUUACGAUGUAUUUGACCCUAAAUUAGGCUUUUGAGAAGGGCCUAGACAGUCGAGUAUUAAAAAAUGACUCCUCAAAAUACAAGAUGACUCAAAUCAGGAAUAAUUUGAAUAAAGCUCUCGCCAUUUUCUGUGCUUGCGUGUCAGAGAUCCAGCGGUGUGAACUGGUGAACUCGCAUAUCGUGUUGUGAUCCAGUUAGGUAGUGAUUUUACCAAGUACAGUUUUCAUCCCGUUACAAAACCAUAUUUGUGAGUGAAGUGAUGCUGUCCCUAACCAGCAGCUCAGAAGAGUGGAGAACCAACACUUUGCAGUUUAUGUUUACAUUGAUUAAUAGCCAAUGGAUCACACACAGUCUGGACAAUCAGGGCUGGUCUGAACAGAUCAUGCUCCAACUAUGAUCAGUUGCACAACUUUUGAGUAGUCAGGAAGCUGUAGAUAGGUUCAACUUAAGGCAUCCCAAGUUAUCAUUUGGCUAUUUUUUGGUUAUGAUAAGUAAUGUGUGUGGGAAUUGUGAAUAAACGUAUAAAAUAUGAAUGUAUAUCGUCUUGCUUUUCUGUAGGGUCACUUUCCUUGGCCUGACGCAUCUCAGUGGACAGAUGAGGAGUUGGGAAUCCCACCAGAUGAUGAAGAAUGAGGUGAUUUCUCCAGUUUUUGGAGAUUUGUAUAAACCUACAUAUGAGGAAGUGUGUUCUUUGUUGCUUAAGAUGCUCACUCUGUGCCAAUAAACUAUGUGCAAGAGUCUAUAACAGUGAACAUUUCUCUCUUUACGAUGGUUGUAGAUCACCAAGAGGGAUCCAAGCUGCUGGGCAAGUCUUUGUGGAAGCCUUCAGGAUCUUGUGAAAGUCAUUGUUGUACAUAAACGAAUAAAAUUAUCUACAAAUAUCUAACGUUUGGCCUUUUUUGUGUGAAGACAGUGUGGUGUAAUUGGCCGUAAUCAGACACUGUUAGAUUGGACUUGAAAUAAUCUCCAGUUUGUCAUUUCAUUAGUUUUAUUUACACGCAAUUUUUGAAAUGCUGAAACAAAAUGCAACGCAUCAACAGUGUCACAGUUAGCCAGUGUUUGUAUACUUUAAAUCCUAAGCCAUUUAAAUCUGGAAAGAAAACAUUGCAAGAACCAACGCACAAAACACAAAUGCUUAAAGAGCUGCAUAUAAAAGCAAAGAGGGACAUAUCCUGCAGGAUGAAAACGUACAGCUUCAAACAAACCCUGCCUGCGGGCCAGCUCUGAGAGUUCAGUGAUUUCACAUGCAAAGAGUUCAAAAGGUGAAAGUGUAGUGUAGGAAGAAAGAAAAUCAGUCUGGUCCUUUUAUGUUUUUUUUUUUAGCUUGGAGGAUGUAAAACGCCUCGUCAGGGCUGGAUGAUUGAUCACAGUCACUCACAGGUCAUGUGCACGACAAGUCAACCUGAGCAAAGCUUUCACGCUGUUCUUAAAGCUACGUGGCAGCAGUUAGCCUGGGUGAGUCGACGUUUUUGUGUGUGUGUAAUACUGAGCUCAAAGUGUGUUAGGAAGCGAUACCAAAUUUAAAAACAGAAGGUGUAGAGUUCGCCAAAAAAGGUGAAAAUAACCACAAGUAAAUCCCGACUUGAACACCACAAUGGUGAAAUCGAACAAAGAAACAAAACAAACCUCAGCGUCCUCAAAGGAAAGGGUGAGGGUGAAAGUCUUGAGCGUCUGCGUCCAUGACGUGGCUGCUGGUUAGUCAAAGGUUAUGUCCAUGGCAUCAUUCCCUGAGAGUGAAGAACUGCGCACUCUGAGCAAAACACACAUCUCACAUCAGCACUGGAAUUUUUUUGUCUUAAAAAAAGUCACUCAUCCCGUAUUAGUUCCUCAAACGUUCACUUCUGAAUGCAUCGAAUACUUUGGAUCAACCACAGUGGCUCAGAAUACUUGCGUUUUGUUUUGUUUGUUUUUUUUGCUAAAUGAUAAGUGGCACUAGUUAGGAAAGAAAAGCUCAGGUGUAGAUGUAGAAGUUGACAACCUAACCUAGUUUCUAUUCGCACAUCGCCCAACAUCUCCGGCUACAGGGAGAAGAGAAAACCAGAACAGACAGGAAUCAACACAGGAUCUAUUCAACUGGGAGAGAGAGUUGUGACAGCAUAGAAGGUAAUAAAAGAUUUGUAGAUAAAUUGCUACUUAACAGAUGAAGAUCACAUUAACUCUAAAACAUCCACAUUUACAAAAAGUAUCCAUUAAAGGUUAAAAAAAGAAAAGAAAAGAAAAAACACCCUAUAAAAAGGAAAAAAAACCCUCAGAAUAGCUGAGGCUGUAGGGUCAAAAUAUAAUAAAAUCAUCAUCUCUUUCAAUUAAUAAAUACAUCAUUCAGAAUCCAUAAAAAUAACACAUUAAAAAACAACAUCACAGAUAAAACGAGAAAUAAAUUAAGCUGGAGUCAUGACAUGACUCGUAAUUCCUAUUUCAAACAGAGAGGGAGCACUUUGGGCAACAAGAACAGCUCAGAACAAACUCCAAAUUCUCAAACAUAGUGCAGAUUUUUGAGCGUAAUUCGCACUAAAUAAUGCAAGUCUGUAACGCGCCGACAUCCACAAAAAACAGACGAACCAGAGGAAGGGUAAAGAUGCACCAAAGUGCUGCCUCUCACAGUCCUCUCCUCAAAGUCAUUAUUGCUGGUGUGAUUGAGAUAAAAGGUCAAAGGGGGGAUUCAGGGAUUCAGGGGACGAGCAUGAGUGAAGAAAAGUACAAACAAUAAGCACCAUUUUGAAAAAGUUCUCCUUAGCACCUCGUUUUCCGCCCACCGCCCCCCUUCAGGGUGUGAGGGGGGGAAAAUAAAAACACCCUGCUAGACAGAUACAGCUCCUCCACCCUCUUCAGGUUUUAGCAAAAAGCUGUGAAGCAAGUGAAGGAUUGUGGGAAGGAGGAAAUGUUUGUGAAUGUGAUGCAGGUGAUCUUGGCAUCAGUAGCAUUCAUUCUUUUUUUUUUCUCGUUUGUUUGGUAGAUCUCCUUAAUCUCCUUGUCCGUUUAAAAAAAAUGCCCGCUGGAGCAGGAAACUUCCUGUUCGCUUCUUCUCCGCAUCCCAAAGCUCCUUUUUUUUUUUGUUCUUAGUGUGCUUAUGGUGAAGUCGUGCACUCGCUUAUUUCAAAUCCGUUACCCUGUCUCCUAAGCAUGCACAGUGAGCGUGUGUUUUAUUUUCAUGAUCAGUUCCCGUCGGCUCCGGGCAGCGUCUUUUUUUUUUUUUCUCCUUUUCUACAGUACAAACUUGUCUGGAAACAAAUACACAAAUGUUUCUUUUCUUUUUCUUCAAGAAUACAUCCCAGCUUCCUUUUUUUUUUUUUUGCAGGUUGUGAAGAUUUGGAGUGUUAGACAAAGACGCGACUGUGUCUGUUGAGUUUGAGGAUCUUUCCCAGUCUCUGCUUGGCUGUGGCCAUUCCUUUUUUGGGCCGCUUGCCUGAAAAACAAAGAGAACACAUGUCAGGGGCAUCGAUUCAGAAGGAGAAAAGAAGAAACAAGAGACCGAGUGUUUACAGACUGCUGACGAGAGCCGCAACUAAUGAUUAUUCCCUCAACAACUUGUUUCUUAAGUCCUAUUUCAACAGCCUCAGACUGAACACAAACUCAAUAUUUACCCAUGAUACCGAGGAAAACACUCAUCGUUUUAUAGUGCUCACAUAUGAGAGAGAGAAUUUAGCUCAUAUUCACAUUAAACAAGCUUAGACCAGAGGGUUUGGGGUUUAAAAUGUGACCCAGCAGAUCAGUCAAUAGAUAGAAAGUCAAUCUUAUUAUCUAAAUUCUGUACGGAUGUAAAUGAGACUCAUGUACAUAUCUUUUUUAACUCAAAGUUUCUUUAUCUUUUAACUUUUCUCUUUUUGUAUCUAUACUAUGGAGCUGUAAAUUUGGAAUUUACCCCGUGGAACUAUUAAAGGAACAUCUUAUCUUAACUUAUCUGAAGUUUCAUCCACAAACUUUCUAUUUCAAGUUCUAAAACUCCUUUUAGACCCCUUUAAGUGACAGUUUCACAGAGUUCAUUAAUCAAGUUUGUUAUUUUAAGAAUUUCAUCGACUCUCACUCAUAGGAAAAAUGUUUACAGUGGAAUAAAGGAGGGAUGAAAACUGGAGGGAAAAAGCAAAAGAGGCUUAAAAAUAUAAGAAAUCUUCACUCUAGACAGAGAAAUUUUGAGAACUGAAGAUGAUUUUUAACGUCAAUAUUCUCCAAAGCGCAGUGAUGAUGCAAAAAUAACUCAGUUCAGUGCAGCACUGAGUCAUGCACUGUUGCACCAGCUCUGUACAAAAUGUGUCAUAAGUUAGGUGGUCAGCCUCAAGACAAGCUAACAGAUGGACAGAGCCUUAUUGUGCAGAUUAAAUCAUCUCUGCUGUAGAGGAACAUCAGUGGAGUGUUAACCAUCUUAAAUUAGAAACUAGUCAACGUUUGAACUUUCUCAUAGCUGGUGCAACUCAGUGCUAAUCACUUUGUCUUCUUCAGUCUUGGUAGAAAUCUCCACUUUUAUGUUAGACAGAAAAGUUACGUUCGGAGUCAAGUCAGUUUUACGUGUCUUUUGUCAUAGAGAUGUCUAUUCUUGUCCUCACAUGUUCCUUUUCACCAAUUCAGAACAAAAUCUGAUUUCCAAACCUUUGGUGGCCUGAUUGCUGAUGGGUGGGGGGUUGGGGGCGUGCCUCUUGGAAGGGUGCAGAGGUGGAGACAUUGAGGGGUCACAGUACUGGUAGUCUGUCUCUGGGCUGGGGAGCCCCUGAUUGUCCCAGGCCUCGCUGCUGUUUCCCUGGCUGUCCAUCGGGCCCUUGUCCCCCUGCAGGCGGAGCUGAUGCUGCGUCGCCUCCUCCUGUUCCUGUGGCGAGCACUGGGCGGAACCGGACCACCACAGUUCCUGGGUCGAAGCUACCUUCUCCGGCUUGGAGGGGCACAGCAGACCGGCCAUAGACAGCAUCCCCUGAAUGGCCUCUUCUGUACUGGGUGAGGUAGGACGUUCUCUGAAGAAGCACACGGGACAGAUUAAUUUACAACAAACAGAGAAAACAAACCGUGUCUGUGCUCUGAGUCUCUUUAUGAGACUGUUCUCAGUGUCUUUGUCCUUCUCACCGUUUGAGUGGUUUGUGUUUGUGCCUGAGUUUCUGGCCAGACUGGUCCAGCUCUAUGGUGUGCCCUGAGCCUUUCUGCUGAGAUGAUCUCCUCCUCUCCUCCUCCUCCUCCUCCUCCUGGGAACUCUCUGAAUCCUCCCCAGAAGAAGAUGACGAGGACGAUGACGACGCCGAGGACGACGACGAUGAUGAUGAUGAUGACGACGAUGACGCGUUAGGCUACGAUGACAAAGUGGUUUCACAGUGAGAAAGUGCAGCAGUGAUCACAGCAUGAAGAGUCCCUGAAAAGUUCCUAUGAUAUUUAUAAUUCUGUGACUCUGCAUAACACAUUAAGCAUAUUUACCUGCACUUCUCUAAGCUUUCUAUUGUGCUGCAACACCAGAACUCAAUAUGUAUUUAUUAUUAAAAGUUGUGAGAAAGUAAUUAAAAUGAAAUGGUGUACCCCAGGGGUCCAUUUGGGGACAUUAGUGUUUUUUACCUACAUAAAUGAUAUUACUUCAGCAUGAAACGCUACAGUUUCAGUGCAUUUUGUAGAUGACACCAACCUUUCUGCCUCAUAUAAAGACUUAGCUGUCAUUAGAGAAUUAAAAAAAAGGACCUUUCAAAUGAGUUUAAGUAUUAAAAAUAAACACCAGAGCGGUCACCAAAUCUCUUGGGAUUGAGAAAGGAAAGGGGAAAAGGUCAAUUCUCAGAUGUACCUCUGCGUGAGAGUCGCUGUCUGACUCUACAUCCGACACACUUGAGUGUCCUGAGACUUCUUCCCUGAGUUCAGUCUUCACCCUCUCCAGACCCCCUGAUGAACACAGGAAAAAGCACAAGAUUCGCAUUUUAUCAGUUACAACACUUGGUUUAAGGUUCUAAAAUGUUUUAAAAAACAAAAACAAAAAAACUACAAAACUUAUAACAGGAGCUGGUGACUCACUGAGGAGUGCAGGUUUUUCCACCAUGCUGUGCUGCCCUUGUGUCCUCUCAGACUUCACAUCCACACAACUCUUUGGUGGGCCUUGGCUGUCAGAUGACUUUUCACCCUCCGUCUUCACCGGGCUGCUGGCAGGCUGCCUUAAAUCACUGCACGAGAGAAAUUGAAGCACAGGAAUAAGAGACAAAAAAGUGUAACCUCAAAAAAGUUCCUAACUUCAGUGAUGCAUCUCCUGUUUUUGAGCCGAUUUCAAGUUUUCAUCACUUUAAGGUCACUAUUGUUGUAACUUUCAGACUUCAAGUUUAUGUGCAAUUUCAGCUUUGAUUUCCUCUUUUUGCUAUAAUCUUUUUAACCCUAAAGGGAUUUUACUUUUGAAUAGAAUUGCAACACUCUACUUGUUAUUUUGCAGUUUAGGAAUAUUUGAAUGUAUUGUUAUGCGACCAACUAAAAAACUGUGUUGGACAGACUGACUUGGUGCAAAAUUAAUUUUCAGCACACUUGUUGCUUCGCUGACCAAACACUGAACUCUCACCGGAUGAUUCUGCCGUUGACCAGCAUUAGCCGCAGGUGGUUGUUGUCCAAAGACUCUGCAGCAGCAGCUGACGCCGUUGACACCUUGUUGAGCUUCCCGUGAACCUUGGCACAGAAUGCUGCAUCCUGGGUCAUGAAAGCAGUCAGUUAGUAAAAAAAGCACAGGGAAAAAACUUGACACGGUUAUCUUUGCAGUUAGCUCUGGGAUGCCCACCUCCUCCAGCGGUCCCACCUCCAGCCUCUUCAGCACCUCCCUGGUAUGUUGCUCCAAGAUAUCCAGGUUGGAGGGCAGCUUGGGAGCCUGUCGCUGCUGCUCCCUCAGCCUCCUGGCGGCCCUCCUCGCCCGUCUGGCCUGGCAAAGCCUCUCCAGCGCAGAGCGAGUAGCUGGGCAGCCAUUUGAUCCAGACGCUACAGCACACCCACUUCCCUGAGAUUUCACUGGCUUGCUACCAUUGGCUGGUUCCUCCUGUGGAUGAAAACAUUACAACAUACAGCAUGUCGCUCAGUGUCCAGCACGGUCUGACAGGUUUAUGCUGAAGACAUUUUUGUGAUUUUGUGUUAUUUGUUUGUGUGACUUUUCAAGAUACAACACAGAUAUAAAGAUCGUUAUAGUAUACCUUUUACGGCCAACUGAACAAGGAUGUAAAUAAGAAGAAACAUUUGAUCAAACAGCUGCAGCUUUCCGUUUCCUAUUAUCUAUCCACUCAAACCUUUGUGGUUCCCAGGGCAAAAACACCCAAAUUAAAUUGAGGCCUUUGAAUUCUUUCCUUUAUCCUCCCCGCUCCGCCUGUCUUUACCUCUAGGUAGCGGAUUUCCUUGGUCAGCUCUUUAAUGAGAUGGUUGGGCCUGAUAUGGUCUGGUACCUCACUGGUGGGCUCGGUCACCUGCAGAGCAGCGAUGAAGAACAUUCAGACAGCAGGAAUGAACAGAGAGAAGUCUGUUGCUGUCCUCUGACUCACGUCCAGCAGAUAAGCAGAAAAUAACAGCAGUGACCUGCAGGUAUUCCAGGCACAGAGUCGCAGAGAUGACCGUGAGAACAGUGUGGCUGACACUCACCUCUCUUUUCAACCAGGUCCUCAGUGCACUGAUUAAAGCCUUGACUCCUUCUACUAGGUAGGCUGGAGGCGGACAGUUGUCCUCUCGUAGCUCUGAGACAGAGAGAAAAAGAGAGAAAAGUUAAACAAGAAUAAAGCCGGAGAAAAAGUCUGAAAAAUCUGUUAAUUUUCUGACACUGAAUUUUGGUGAAUUUUUAAUCAGAAAAUUAACAGGGAUUUAACUAAAUCUGUCACAAAGCCCGUAAUAAGCAUUUUAAUAACACAAGAAAAGCUCAUUUGAAGAAAUUUUGAUUCAUUUCCAUGUUACAAAACUUCUCAUCGCUGAGCUCAUCCAGUCCAUGUGCAAGGAUUUUUUUUAAAUUAAAAAUCUCAAUUUCUCUUUUGACAGUGUAAAAUAUUGUUUUCUGUGAAUCUUUGAAAGGAAGAUGUGAAAAUAAAAGAUUACUCCUGCUCUGUGACGGACAUCUACCUGACACAGUGGGAACAAGCAUUAUUAAUGAGCAUCUAAUGGUGUGUUUCCACCCAGUGUUCACUGCUCAGAUGGUAAACCUUGAUCUUUCUGUUAUUUCCACUGCCAACUGUACCCUUGGUCACUUCAUACAGGAAGCGUGUUGGCUCUGUGACGGCUCUUGGAAGGCUUGUUUUGAUUACAGCGUGCACUUAAACAUGGGAGACUUUUUAUUCUGUAGGCAUGAGCGUGUGUGUCUAAGACCCCGAAAACUGGGUAUAAAAGGCUCGCCUACAUUUGACAAGAAUACAACAUGAAUCUCAACCAAACCACAAAGAGAAGCUACGCAUUGUUCAAGCUUUGUUCAAACUACAUUUACAUCACAAGAACAAAAAUUAGAGUGUUGGAACUUCUUUCAUGCUUUUCAAAGCUAAAGCCUGAUUUUUUUUUUAUAGGGAGGCCUCCCUUCCCUUCCCUUCAAGCCUGUGAUGUUUGGAUUCAUCAGUAUUUACUUUACUCUGUUGCAUAACCAGUAGAGAAACUCUCACAAAGGCUUUACGUUGCAAACACUUGAACUGACAUCCCCGUCAACGAAAGCAUUUAAAGCCUGUUUGCUUUCUUUUCUGGCAGGUCUGAUGCAUUAAACUUCAAAAUAUCAGAGAUUCUCACUCAUGUGGUUUGUACAUAUUAAUAUUGACUGUUACCUUUUAGCGUUUCCAGGAGGUUCUUGGCCACAUACCAACAGAUGGCCUCGAAGUACGGAAACUUAAAGAGGUCUGGAGUUUUCAGACGACGCUCCAUUUCAUAACACCUGAGAGACAGCAGAUGAAAAAGCGAUUGAGUCUGGCGUGAAUUAAGUCUUAAUAAAACCACUUCUGUUGAAUCGGAGGUGUUUCAUACCUGAGCUGCAUGCCAAUAUUGAGGUUGUGAAGGAAAUUCCCUCCAAACGCCAUGCAAUCCUGAGAGGUGAGAACAGCAUGGAUCCAGCCUGGAGGGGGCGCCAGAGCACAGAUGUUAACACAAGACUUAAACAAGAACAUGCUCAGAGAGGGCAGCCAACUGACCACCUAAAUAAGCACUUCUUUAAGAGUAAGAAUAAGAAGAAUUAGAAGAACUUUAUUAAUCCCUGAAGGUCAAUUCAAUUGUCUGUCUUCUCAUGUUAUGUGAAGGAAUAUGUGCAGAUAUUUACAACUUUUAUAUGUCUGAGAAUGAACCAAAAACAUCCACAAAAGUUCCUGAAAGAAAACUUUUAAAUCAUCCAAGAAUCAGGCUUCAAAAAAGAUGAGCUUGUCUGUUUGAAUGCUGCGUUCCCGCUCGAGUAAACAUUGCUCUUCACUCAAACAAAAAAAAGUGAGAGAAAGCAGAGUCUGGGGGGGUUGGUCUAAGUCUGACAGACAGGCCUGAUAAUGCACUGCUUGACUGACCCCCUGAGCUCUCUGACCCCCACUUAAUUCCCACCUCUCCACACCCUUUCUGCCAAAAAGCUCUCCUUCACAAUGCUGCUCCAGCCCGCUGAGGAAGCAGCAGUAUGAGGCUGAUUGAGGACGGCCAGCAGUCGACCGGCAGAACUGAGCUUUGACUGUGCGGGUGCAAAAGGAGCUUAAAUAGUCUAUUGAGCGUCUGAUGAAGGAGUAAUUGUAUGACUGAAGACAUUAGCUUCAACUCUAAGAGAAGGCAUGUCAUAGUCAACAGCAGCACUACAAGUUCUGACUGCACUGCAAGCUGCAGGAGGAAUGCGAGUUUGCAGAGUCACGUGCAGCAACCUUGUUACUUUCUUCAUGUUAUAUAAUCGUGCUGCUCCUCUUCACUUUUCCGUUCUAAUUAUGAUCAUUAAGAAAUGUUUGGGUCGCUGCUCAGGAGGAAACUCCCUCUCUGUUAUUUUCCUUUGGCAAUGACAGAGGACCUUGAACAGGCCUGUAUUUUCCUGGCAGCAGCCGCGGGACGCCUGAUCAUUUUAACUUUUGAAAGCAUGUGAAAAGACAAACAAAUCCAAACAACAGCUCAGCUGGUUUGAUGUAGAGGAGUGAGACAACUCGAAUGGUAUAACAUUAGCGUGACAGGUAGCUCUAUCAGGGAUGUGGAUUGUGUUUAGAAACCACAAAGGAGGUGAUUAUCCGGGAUUUAAAGGCGGCAACCGCACUAAUAUAUAUAUUUAGAUGAAACAAAUGACUUUUGCUACGUUUUCAUCUUGGGUCAGAAACUCUCUGGAGGGAGGCUUUUCAUGGUGCUGCUGCUGACAUCGUUUAACUUUGAAUCCUCAGGAGUGAUUUUAAUGUGCACAGGAGGAGAGUGAAACUAGAAAGGUGAUGACCUGAGACAUAGAGGUUGUUAACACUGAAACAAACUCAACAGAGAAACUGCAAAUAUUGCUGAGUUUUGGCCGAUCAUCAAAACAGGGUUUUAAUUGGCUUAAGAUGCAACUUCUGACACCAGGAUCCAGAGUGUAGACUUUUAAAAAUGCCAACUCUUCUGUCACUGAGUAAACCAGCAAUGCACUUAUCCUGUGAGUAUGACAAUAACAACAAUGACUGACGACUGAGUAUUCAUGCUUCUUCAGGAAUCAAAGUUUCGAUGCUAGUCAGUGCAGAAAGUUUGGGCUUGUGCGACAGAAGCUAUAAGUGAUCUUCUGGUUCUUACACAUUGGCAGUUCAAGGCAGGAUAUUAGUGCCCCCGCUUACAGCUCCUCUGUGAUGUGUAACACACAGAGGCGUAAUGAGGUAGGAGCAGAGGCUGAAUGGGGGUGAGAGGGAGGUGGUGUGUGUCACUGGGCCUGCAGGACUGAACACUGACUGAGCACUGUGUUCUUGCAUAUCUGGGAGUAUCUGUUGGGUUACUUUGAAGCUACUAAAAAAUCUAAUCAGUUAAGUCUUCUAGUUCAAGAUAACACACACAUACUUGUUGAUUAACACUUAAAAAAAGUUAAAGCUAUAUCACAGACCUGUAGGGAUGAGCAGGGUGGUUCCUUGGGGCACGAUACACUUGUAGCACUUGUCCACUUUAUCCCCAAAGAACACUUCACUCUGAUUGGGCGAAGAGCUCCAUGCCUCAUAUAGUGCAAGGUUGGCGGGAGUGGGCUUGAUCAAGUAGAAGACCUUCUCACCCUGCAAAAGGCACAUGAGGAGGAGUUUGACAAAAGUGUCACAACACUUUAGUGACACAGCAGUGAUGGUGCUGCUGUUGACGACACCGACAACCACACUGAAGUCAAAGUCAGUAUGACCACAACAGUGCUGCCUCCAGAGCUGCUCGAUAAAAAGAGGUGAUUGAGGAAAGAGGGUAACCUUUAAGUGAGAGCAAGCCAAUCAGCUUUGACUGCCUGCCUUUGAUACUUCAUCUUAUUUUAAAGGGAUACUCCGGUGUAAAAUUAAUUUAUGGUCAAACACACCAUAACACCAAAUUAGACACCCACUCGGGAGAUGAAUGUUGCUGACUGCUUGCUUCUCAAGUUAUACCAACUUUAGUAACGACCGCAGGAUGUCAAUACACAGCAGUCUGAGGAGCCAUAACAAACCUCAACCAAAACGCCACUUUAUAGCCACAAAUGAUGCUCAGAACAACACUUAACUUCAUCAACAGUACAUACAGGGUCCUAGCCACCAAACAUCUUUUUAACUUUGUCUAAUUUCUUCAGAAAAGAGACUAAACACAACUCACCUACACUCUUCCAGCAGCCGCUUGUUUGUAGAGAGACCUCGGACUAGUCCAUUACGGACUACAGCGGGGUGACGCAGCUCAAGGAAGAACAUUUUGAUCAUUUCUUCACGGAAAUACAAUCAGACCGAGAUGCAAAGGCAGAGGAACUACAGUGUCUGCAGUGCAAAAUGAUUAAUAUGGUGAUUCUUACUUCAAGGAAAUGAUAAAGAAAUGAUCAUAAAUGUUCUUCCUUGAGCUGCGUCACCCCGCUGUAGUCUGUAAUGGACUGGUCCGAGGUCUCGCUACAAACAAGCGGCUGCUGGAAGAGAGUGGGUGAGUUGUGUUUGGUCUCUUCACUAAAGAAAUCAGGCAAAGUUAAAAAGAUGUUUGGUGGCUAGUGCUAUGGCUCGGACCCUACAUGUACUGUUGAUGAAGUUAGGUAGUGUUCUGAUCAUUAUUUGUGGUUAUAGAGUGGCGUUUUGGUUGAGGUUUGUUUAUGGCACCUCAGACCGCUGUGUAUUGCUAUCGUGCGGUCAUUACUAAAGUUGGUAUAACUAGAGAAGCAAGCGGUAGGCAACAUUCAUCUCUCGAGGAGGUGUCUAACUUGGUGUUACAGUGUCUUUGACCCUAAAUUAAUUUUACGAUGGAAUAUCCCUUUAAGUGAGAGCAAGCCAAUCAGCUUUGACUGCCUACCUUUGAUACUUCUGCUUAUUUGAACUCCUAGAAAAUGGAUAAGCCUGACAGAUGACAGGCAGCAUUGUCCCACAUCAUGAUCAUGAAUCUGUGUCUCCGUUCUUACCCAGAGAACAUGGUACCAGACGGAGGUGCCUCCAAAGUCUAUGUGGAAAUCCGUGUAGCUGUCCUUGACUCCCAUGAGGCAGUAUUUCUGAACAAAAGGUUUGGGGAAGAAGGAGUCAUCGGGCCAAUAGUUCUCCACCCAGGACAUCUUCUGAGCCACGUCAGGAACCUCCACCAGCUUUGACAUCCUGAACGAGAGAGCAGUGGUUUAGAUCAAACGUUGCAUGGUUGAACCAAGCAGUUCAAUUCAGAACAAGGUAGAAAGCUUAAGAAGACAAAAUCAGUGACAGUUUUUCCAUCAAGAAACCUGCGGCACCCAAACAUAAUUAACAUCUGUCUGCUAACAUGUCAUAUUAGCCACACAGCCUGUUUAGCGUGUUGAGACGUGAUAUAACAGACUCGAUCGGCCUGUUUCUUUGCAGUCUAAACUUCCUGCAGCACAGAUUCCUGAGGAGCAAACAAACGGGUGGGAGCUUACUUCGUGUCUGAGAACUCCAGGCUGAUGAGGUUGAGGACUUUCGGUCGAUGCUGUUUGGUGAAAUACUUGAUAAACUCGCUGAGCUUCAAUUUGCUGUCCGCCUGCCGGGCCACAUCUAUCACAUCGAUGAUUUUGUCCCCUCCUGGGAAAGAUAAGACGAGAGAAAAGCAACAUUUAGGUCCUUUGAUAUCAGAUGGAAGGGUAGCAGAGUCCUGAAUCGAAAUAUUUCAACUUUUUAAUUGGCCGCUGAGUGGGUGUGGGGUUCACUGAGGUCAGCGGCCUGCUGGCAUCUCCAUGUGCUUUUAGAGAUCAAACCCUGAGGGGAACUGGCACCAAUAUGGCAGAGCGAGGAGGGGGCGAGAGAGACAAUCUGUCCAGACCACCAGCCCCUGAGGAGGGGGAGUGGGUGGAGGUGAGAGGGCCGGUGCGUUCAGCGCCUGUGUGUGCGUGGGAGACCUCGACUCGGGUGUAGAGAGAGAACUCGGUGUUCAGAUGUGAGAAAGAGAGAGUGCACCGGCUUCAUGUGGUGCAUAUGAGACAGAAAACAGAUGCUUCAAAAGGAGGAGAAAAAAAAGGAAGUCUGAGCAGAGAGACUCGCUGUGUGCAGCUAACAGUUGGGACGCUGCAAAUCACACUCUGGUGACACAUGGGGCCGGAAGUAGGAGCGGGGUGCAGCGUGUGGAGCGAGACAGCUGGUUGUUGUAUUUCCCCACACCCCUCCCACUCACCUUUUUUAUUGCCCCUUUGCGUGUUCUCCCUCUUACACACACGCACAGACACACACACACACGCACAAACACCUCUGAAGGCCCAGCUGGCCAGCGUCUGAUGACAGAGAACAGCUGGAGCAGUGGCAGUCAGUCACACAGCCAGAAACAAAGCUGCCUGGAAAGCACCCAACGCCGCGCUCAAACAGCAGCUUCACAGCCGACAGGAAGAGAAAAGGGCUUCUAUAAACACACAAGAUCCACAAGACUGAACCAGCAUGAGGACACCUGAACUCUGUGAUAUUAUCAAAAUGAUAUAUAUGAAAACUAAAGUGAGAGGGAGGUCGCUGAAGGUUUACCUCCUUUCAGGGCGCCUCAGUCAACAAACUAGAACCAGACACUUUCUGCUUACUGCAUUUAGUUCAAGGAAAUGUUGAUUAUUUCCUCUGUUAUCUAUAAAGUUCAGUUGUGUCGUGCUCAAAAGAAAACACAUCUGAAGGAAAAUGAUGAAUGGCUAGAAAAACAUCCCGAAGAGGCUGAGUCCUUCAAAAGCAAAGAUAAGGAGAAAAACAACACAGAAUGAUCAUGAUUCUCAGACUCUGUAGUGGAAAUCACAGCAUGGACUCAAUAUGACUUCCAAAAUUCACUGCCUGUGAACACAGUGUAUACACAGUAAACCAGUUCAUCCAUAAAUGCCAGUUAACAGUGUACCAUGUUUGUACAAUAAUGAUUACCGCCAGCUCAUUUAGUAGAAAACCUUCCUGUGAUUUUAAUUCGACAUCCUCUUUUGAAAUCAUGGCGGCAGCAUCUACUCCAAACAGACACCUACCGGCUUGUGAUCAACACACACCUCAAAACAGGAGGAAGAGGUGAUGCAACACAGGAGAAAACAUCUCCCUCUUUUUAAAUCUGUCGCUGGCAUCAAAUUCAAGUCGAGCACAUGCUGUUCCUCGUAUAAUUCGAUUGGAUUUGUCGUGUUUGCACAAUGUUCCUCACAAAACAGGCUUCGAAUGAUUUGAACAGCAUCACAUUUGUUUUGACAUUUUACAUGGUGUCCCAGCUUUUUUGGAAUUGGGGCUGAACAAGUAACAGAAUCAUGUACAAGUGGAUUCAUUACAGUUUUUAAACAUGUAGACAAUACCUGGGCAAGUAUAAGGCUGAUUAAUUUUUACACAUUUCUGCAAGAUCCCCAUCCACAAUCACUGACCAGAGACAAAGUCCAUAAUGCAUCCCUUCUAGUUUGAUUGAAGCACAAAGUCCCGUGUUAAAAAUGAGCAACUGUUUUGAAAGUUAUAUGCAGCUGGUGUCUUGGGACUUUAAUCUAUACUUCUUUUGGAUUGUUGUGAAAUACUACAUCAUUAACCAGCGAUGUCCAUCUGUUGUGAUAAUGUAAUAUCGAGUUGUGUUAUUGGGGUGUAUUUAAAUAACCUGCUAAUGAUGAAUAUUUUCAAAAGAAACAGACAAACACUGACACGAAAUAUAUCAAAAUCUCACCUGCCACAGUUAUACUACAUCAACAUUUUAAAAGAUUUAAAUUUGUUCAGUUGCAACCAGUAAAAUAAAAGGAACCUUCAUAAUAAUAAGACUUCCUUUGGCCAUUAGUUGUUGAUCUCUAACUGGGCCAAAUGACUGACCACACACUAAGCUGGCUUUGACCCCAGUGAGACAGAGACAUCGGCGUUCACCCCUGUUGUCCCAUUGUCUCCUAACUGUAAAAAACGUAAGGCGACACUCAGUCCCCGGUCACAACACCUGUGCCUUGGCUUAAUGCUCAAUAAGGCGUGGGAGAGGGAGAUAAAGUGAGCAAGGGGGGAGUCUGUAAUCUGACCCUAAUGAUAAAGACACCGGUGGGCUUGGUAAUGGGCUUGUAACAGGAGCUGGGAAGUGGCAGGCUGUUUCAACAAGAGAGCAGAGUGGUUAUAUACAGAGCAGUGAAAGCUAAGACGUCACUCAUUUAAAAGUCAUUCGGCCCUCGUCUGAUGCCUGAUAAGUGGGUUAAUACCCCAUGAACCCAGAAACCUGUUCAUAUUGACACACGCAGAUGGUGCCGGCUCAGUGAUGGCCACUUAGCAGGCUGGUGUUGGGUGGUUUCAUCAGCCUUAAAAACAGAGCAAAGACUGCUGUAUAUUACCAGUCAGAGCCCACAUCCUUCCCACAGGAGGACGUCUAAUGUGCUGUUGUGAAUUUGAUACAGCUGAUGGUGACUGUUUUACUGCAAAAUGAAGCCUGGGUGUUAAAGAGGUGAACUUACCCACAUACUGCUCCACAUCUUUGACAGAGAAAGUCGGACUUGGCAGUUUGAGUCCCAGCCCUUCCAUCUCUGUCACCAUUAUGGGGUAGUUGAAGCCAUGUCUCUCCAGGUACCUCUGUGUCACUAGCUCACCCUUCAUCUGUAACAUGAUCUCCUCACCACUGAAAUCAGAGCAUGACAUAUUUCAAAUUUAUAACCAUAAACAUGACAUUGUUGCCAAAUAAAACUUGAACUGAGACAGUUUAAUGAACCAGUGAAGGUAAAAACAGCUUUUGGCAUAGGGUCAGGUUGAACAUGUACCUUAAAAAGGUGGGAAUAAAACAUGUAGCCACAUAUUUUGCUGUCUUUCUAGUUUCAUAAGUGAUGCUGUUGUUGUGAUCAUGGCUAAAAAAGCAAGAUAUAUGUGAGUUUAUGUAGCUACGAAGAUGUGUGUCUUAAGGGUCUGUUUCCAUUUGCAUUGUUUCCUAUUCAAAACCAUGAGAAGUGAAAGAAGUUCUGCUUUUGGAAAACUACCACACUUGUCAAUGUCACUUCUCCAUUACUGACAAAGCAAAAUCAAGAAAGGGUGUGAUGUCUUAUCUUAACUUUGUCAAUUACAACAGAGGAAGUCUGUAUGGAGAGAAAAUGAACAUUUGUCUUUUUUUAGGGUACUAUUUUUAGGGUCUAUAGCUGCUGCUAAUGGUAAGACACAGUUUACAUCAGUUGUUUUUAUGUUGUCUAUGUAAAAUUCCAGUGAAUGAGAGCCAAAUGAGGCAAUCGAGAGCAAUUUGAAUCAGACUUGUUGGAGGCAGAAGUGCCGCAGGCAGCUUUCAUAACCUGGCAGCGGCAAGCGUCAGUGAAAAGCGCUCUGAAAAGAGGAGGUGUAAUGCUCAUUUUCAGGCUUCAUAUUAUCCGUCUGAUAGCUUUAUGGUAGCUUAACAUGAUUUACAGCUCAGAAAUUAUUUACUUAUCUCACAUUGGUGUCUUUGAAAACAUGUAUUUCAGCCUCUGACAGACACGCUGCACUGUAUUACUUGUUUCUUAAAUACUGUAAUUUCAAGGCAAGAUAUUAAUGCUCAUUUUAAGCCAUAUAUGCAAUGAGUGCUGUCUGUAUAUUUGGGUGUGAAAAGCUGUGCUUCUUCUGCUCCUGCGAUGUUAUAAUGCGAUUAUAAUCACACAUUUGGACAGCAAUUUUAUGCCUUUAGUAUAGUUUUUUAAUCGCACAUUUGAGGCUCUCUAGAAGCCUCCUGCACUGUUGCCAUAGCAGAAAGUAAUUAUCAUGGAGUUAACUGGUGUUUCUCCACUUAAAACAACAGAUUACAGGAUAUGGUCUAACCUUUGCCCAAAACUGACUUGAGAACAAUUUCAGCAACAAAGACCAGAGCAAGAAGUGUCGGUUUAGUAGGAGAUUCACAAAUCAGUGAUGUCAUAAUUUAAGCGAAUCUCAUGUGGCUUUUUGAAUAAGCCCAUCAGAGCAGCCUGAGGUCUCACCCUGGAAUUACUCCAAACAUAUUCACCUCACAAUCUGGAACUUUGCCUACAUUUUAACUGAACAGUUAUUUAUAGAUGAAAAUCCUGUAUCUAUAAUGGGAACAGGCCCUAGAUGAAUGUUGACUUUACAACGGCAACUUAAGCAAUAGUUUGUUUACUGACAACCAACUUUACUUCAGCUCUGUUGUUUGUUGGGCUGUAUUUACUUUAGAGUUAGUUCAUGAUUUACAUGCAUCAACAAUAUUUCCUGAGAAUGUCAUACCUAUCCUAUAAGGGUCAGAGCACAUAACAUCUGUCCCUUAGAUAUUAUUCAAAUAACACUGUCAGAGGUAGUUCCUGUAAGGCCCAUCCUGUUGGGAAUACAAGCUCAACACAGUUUUUGUGGGAUAAUAAUCAGGUCAUAAAACUGUCUGAUCAUGUACAGUAUAUCCGUUUAAUAACCCUGUAAAGCUAUCUGAUGGUUAAUGUAGAUGCUCAACGAUAAAUCAACAACCACAGCUGAACCUCUGUUAACCUCAGCUUUAUGGGGAACUCCUCGUGUGCUUUAAAACACGAAUACAGCCCGACUCUUUGUGCUGUGAUUGACGUUCAUAGGCCUUCAUGUAUUUGUGACCGCACUGAUAUCUACCUGGCGAAGGUUCUGUUUUGUAGCUCCUUGACAAACACCGGGGUGCCGGCCUGCACCGGUUUGG